AUACAACCCCAUUUCCCUUCCCAUCUCAUAAUAAUCAUCAUAAUCACUGCAACUUAGCUUAAAGUCUUUAAACUCCCCACUUCCCCCCCUCUCUCUCUCUCUCUCUACAGAAUAAUCGAAAAGGGGAAAAAGUGAAAAUUUUCCCAACACAAAAGGCUAAGAUUAAAAGCCCUUCUUUGUACCCAACAACAAAGCUACCUAGCUUCCCAUACUUCCAUCUUCAUUGGCCGCCAUGAAACAAGAACGCAAGAUUUCAAAGUCUUCUUCUUGGACUAAAGCGGUUGUUAAAAAGUGGUUGAAUAUUCAGAGCGGCGCCGAUGAGUUUCAUUCAGAUUACACUAUAAACGGUGGGAUGAACAGAGUUGAACGGAGAAGGAAGAGCUGCUCCGACGAGAGCGGCCGCGCCGUCGUGCCGGAGGAAUUAUCAGACAUAUGGUUGAUUGAAUCGAGCGAUGGAAUUAGACGGACGAGAUUCGAGGAGGAGGAAUCUUCUGCGACGGAAGAGCUAAGGAUGUUUGUGGGGACAUGGAAUGUUGGUGGCAAGACCCCCCAUGAUGGAUUGAACUUGAUGGAAUGGAUAAAGUCCCCUCCUCCAGCUGACAUAUAUGUGCUUGGGUUCCAGGAAAUUGUCCCACUGAAUGCAGGCAAUGUACUAGGGGCAGAAGACAGUGGCCCAGCAGCCAAGUGGCUGUCUUUGAUUCGACAAGCUUUAAACACCAAAUCAGACCCAGAAAUUUCCCCUAAUUACACUCACACCCCAGAUUCCCACCAGAAAACUUCAGAAUCACCCCUCCUGCAUGAACUGCAACACCAGACUGGCCUAAAACCAAGACCUAGCUUCUCUGAUCUGCUCUCCAUAGAAAACGAACUAAAAAACGAAGAGUCGGGCAGAUUCUUUAGCACGAAUUCGGAUUCUUCCACUAGCGAUGAAGGCUCAGAGCAAAGUAAAUUCUGCUUAGCAGCCAGCAAGCAAAUGGUAGGGCUGUUUCUAUGCGUGUGGGUUCGUUCUGACCUGUAUCAACAUAUUAGCAGUUUAAAGGUUUCGUGUGUUGGCCGAGGCAUUAUGGGAUACCUUGGUAACAAGGGUUCAAUAUCUAUCAGCAUGACAUUGCACCAGACAACGUUUUGCUUCGUCUGCACCCACUUGGCCUCGGGGGAGAAAGAAGGCGACGAGUUCAAAAGAAACUCGGAUGUCAUCGAGAUUUUGAAGAGGACCCGGUUUUAUAACUCGAGCAGCAUUAGGGGGAAACUAGUCCCACCUGAUAACAUUUUGGAUCACGACAAGAUAAUUUGGCUCGGGGAUUUGAACUACCGGCUUGCAUCUACCUGCGAGGACACAAUCUUUAAGCUGCUCAAAACGAACGACUGGCAGCCACUUCUGGAGAAAGAUCAGCUAAGGAUAGAACAAAAGGCAGGCCGAAUAUUCCAGGGUUGGAAUGAAGGAAGGAUAUGUUUUGCCCCAACAUACAAAUAUCUGGCAAACUCUGACAAUUAUGCUGUCCAAACUUCAGCAUCCAAAGACAAAAGAAGAACCCCUGCUUGGUGUGACAGGAUAUUGUGGAAAGGGGAAGGAGUAAAGCAAAAUUGUUAUGUUAGGGGGGAAUCAAAGUUCUCUGACCACAGGCCAGUCUACUCAGUUUUCUCAUCACAACUAAACCUCAACAACAAGAACAGAAACCCCGUUUCGACAUGCGUGCCCAACCGCGAAGCAGAACAGCUCUUCCUCCCCUUCAGGACACAAAGCUGCAUACAAUGCGCCCCGAGGAGGUUCUCAGCCGCAGCUUGAAACAUACAUACAUUUACUAUAUAAAUCUCCAGCACGAACCUGGCACGAGAAUCAGGAGCGUGUUGGCGGAGUGGUGGUGGUUAAUCAACUCUGACAGUGCCAUUCAAUUCCCGUUUGCAGAGAGGAGACAUACACUAGUACAAAAUCAGUCAUUUGCGUCUGAAGAUGAGGUUUAUGGCACGGAUGCUAAUAAUGAAGCAUGGCUUUUGGGGAAGGGGUACAAAGGGCAUCUAAGGCCAUGCGUGUUGAAGGGUUGUUGAUUGGUUUGAUGCAUUAUUGGAUUCUGGGCUUUUGCAGAACAAAAGGAAUUAACUUUUCCUUGUCUUCCUUUGGGUGGUUGUUUAGUUCAAAAAGGAAUUUUAGGGAAUCAAGAAACUGGUGUAGUCUUGAAUUUUUUUUUUUUUCUAACUUAUAUCCAUCUUUCAUCAUGUAAUCCACAGUUUUGUAAAGAUACGAUAAUACAAUGAUAGUUGUUAUCAGCAUAUGUUGAUGAUUCACUGGCUA